CAGGCCUCGAGCGGUCUGACUUUGACUUUGUCUCGUUGCAACAGGCUUUAAUACUUGAGCAGUGCUGCCUUGCUACUCGUGUUGCAAGAUCCCAACAAUGCUUUCCAGGAUCAAAGGGAAAGUGGCACUCGUCACCGGUGGUGCUUCGGGUAUCGGCGCAGCCACGGUCAAGAAAUUCAGAGCUCAUGGAGCGGAAGUUAUCAUUGCCGACGUCCAAGACAGCCGCGGCGAGGCGCUGGCGGCCGAGACGGGCGCUCACUACACACACUGCGACGUUUCUCAGGAGUCUCAGGUGGCAGCAGCAGUGGACCUGGCCGUCUCAAAGUUUGGCUCGCUCGGCAUCAUGUUCAACAACGCCGGGAUCAUCUCGGGCCCCAAGCCGGCCGACUCCAUCGCCCGUCUCGACAUGUCCGACCUCGACGCCGUGCUCGCUGUCAACGUGAGAGGCGUCGCUCACGGGGUGAAGCACGCGGCCAGAGUCAUGGUCCCUCGCAACUCGGGCUCGAUCAUCACCACGGCCAGCAUCGCUCACAUCAUCUCCGGCAGCGCGCUCCACCCCUACACCAUCAGCAAGCACGCCGUGGUUGGCAUCACAAAGUCGGCGGCCUCGGAGCUGGCCUUUCACGGGGUCCGAGUGAACUGCAUCUCUCCGGCCGCGGUGGUGACCGAAAUCGCGACGAAGUUUUGGGAGAACUUGGUGCCGGUUGCGGAGGCCAAGCUUGACAUGCAAGCGGCGUUUUCAGGGAAGCCCGGGUUUGAUCUCCGGCGGGCCUUGAUGGAGCCGGAGGAGAUCGCAGAGGCCGCGCUCUUCCUCGCCAGCGAUGAGUCGAGGUUUGUGAGCGGCCAUGACUUGGUGGUGGACGGCUCGCUCGCAGGGACUGCCGCGUUUAACAUCUUCAAGGAUAUCCAGCAGGGGCAGCUGCGUCUGGUAACGAAGAACUAGAGUGAGCUCUAAAACAAUUCGAAUAUUCCAAGAAUGGAAUAUUCUAAUGAAUGUUUGAGAAUAUGCCUACCUAGACGGAAUAUGCUCUGGGUCCAGAGAAUAUGCCUUGUGUUUUAGGGCAAGUGUGGAUUUUUGCCGUUGCGAGGGCGCGCCCCGCGAAUGCGAGGGUGAUUCUCGAGCUUGGGUCGAUGAUUUGAUCGCGCUACCGGUCUCGAGGAGCAUUUCACACAUUUAGCACUUGGUGGUGAAGGAAUGAGUAUGUUCUGGGAGCAACUAUGACGGGUCAGUGUUUUGCGGCUUCAUUCAUCACCAUUGCGGGGUUGCAGGCUUUUGUUCAGGCUUUUGUUCGGGCCGCAGUUUUUAUGCCUCAAUCAUUCUCAGUCGUGUAGAAGGAGAGAGCGAGACUUUUAAAAGGGCAGCCAACUCUUCUACAGUAGGUGCGGAACGAGGUGACAUAUUGCGAAUCCUGUACUCGGGCGUGGCAGUGGGGGUCCCCCCUGCACAAAAAGAAGGCCGAAAUAAAAAAGGAAAGGAAAGCAGGCUACAGUGCUUCGAUCA